AUGGCGACUCCGGCGGGUGCCCCCCCGUCGCGCACCCUCCAGCGCCAAUUCAAGGGAUGUUGCAAGAUUGGCGAGUACGAGAUGAUGCAGAAACUGGGCGAAGGUACUUUUGGUGAAGUUCACAAGGCGCGUCAGCGAUCGACCGGCCAUGUCUUUGCGCUCAAGAAGAUUUUGAUGCACAACGAGAAGGACGGAUUCCCUAUCACAGCGCUGCGAGAAAUCAAGCUCCUCAAGAUGCUGUCGCACGAUAACGUCCUGAAGCUAGAGGAAAUGGCUGUAGAACGGCCCAAAACCGAAGGCAGGAAACGUGCAAUACUGUACAUGGUCACGCCGUACAUGGACCACGAUCUGUCAGGUCUCCUCGACAACCCCGAAGUCCAGUUCAAACCGCCGCAGAUCAAGUGUUACAUGCUGCAGUUGUUCAAGGGUCUAGCAUACCUACAUGACAACCAUAUUUUACAUCGAGACAUGAAGGCAGCCAACCUUUUGAUCAACAACUCUGGGCGACUACAGAUAGCCGAUUUCGGUCUUGCCAGACACUACGACGAACCGGUUCCACAAAGAGGCAGGGGCAAUGGCGAGGCGAAACGCGAAUACACUUCACUAGUUGUCACUAGGUGGUACCGACCGCCAGAACUGCUCUUGCAACUCCGAAAAUACACACCGGCGAUCGAUAUGUGGGGCGCAGGCUGCGUCUUUGGUGAAAUGUUCAAGCGCAAGCCCAUCCUUACAGGCCAAAGCGACAUACAUCAGGCACAGAUCAUCUUCGAGCUGGUUGGGUCUCCGAACGAUACGAGCAUGCCGGGCUGGAACGAGCUACCAGGAGCGGAACCUGUUCGCGCGUUCCCAACAAGUACAGGAAACAUUGCGCAAAGAUUCCGUGAACUAUCGCCCCUUGGACUCUCGCUUAUCAAGGACCUUAUGAGACUGGACUGGCGGAAACGUAUCAACGCGAUUGAUGCCAUCGACCAUCCAUACUUCCGAGAGGAACCAUUACCAAUGCGCGAAGAAGAUAUUCCUCACUUUGCAGACUCACACGAGCUGGAUCGCCGGAACGCGCGUGGCCAAAGGCAAGCACUUCCCCCUGCACCACAAGGCGGUACUGUAGGUGGAGGACCCAACGGAGAGUGGACAGGCCAAGGCCCACCACCACAGCCAUGGCAAAGCAACGACCGAAGGUACGGCGGACCUCAAGACCGAGGACCGCCAGGCGUUGACCGCGGUCUCAGGGGCGGUGGCGGUGGCGGCUACGACCGACGAGGCUACGAACACCGACCCCCUCCACCCCCUCCCCCAGGAGAACGACGCCCAAACUGGGGCGGCGGCGACCGCGGCCACAACAACCUCCCUGCUCCUCCAGCAGAUGGCCGCCACCCGCUCCCUCCCGUUCCUCGCUACGGCCCCGAUGGCGCAGACCGCCGUAGAGGCCCCGUUCCCCCCGGUGACACCUACAUCCCCAGCUACGGUGGAGACGGACACCGUCGUUCCCGCGAACCAGACGACCGUCCGCGCCGCGGCUCCCGCGAUUCUGGCAAUUCUCGUGAGGGUUACACCGACGACCGUGCUGAUCGUGGCCGCGCGUAUCGCGAUCGUGACCGCGACCACAGAGGCGGCAAUAGAGGAAACUUUGUGCAGGAGAGGAGGGACGGUCGUACGCGGUCAAGGAGUCCUGAGCGCAGAGAUGCGAAUGGCAGUGGCAACGGAAGGGGAAGGGAUGUCUCGGAUAUUUAUAGGAGGAGAUGA